AUGCAUGCGGAUGCUCCUACUAUGCCUGCUGAUGCUCCUUAUCAGUGGAGAAAUGAAAUGGUUGCGCUAAAGGCUCAGUUUGAAAAAAUGUUUUCCGAACUUAAUAUGAAGAUUGAAGGCCUUGGUACCAGAGUCUCCUNUAUUGAAUCAUCUCUGAGGUUGGAAAGAGAAGAGGAUGAGUAUAACCGUNGGUUUGAUGACUAUAACCCUCGGUUUGAAGAGGAANAACUUGCUGCGGAACANGUACAAGUUGGUGCAACCUGA